AUGCCUGCUAUGGAUUCGCAGAAGUCUGCCUUUGAAAUAUAUAACUCCCAAAAAAUAAAACCUAAAGAAAUGAAAAAAUCUAAAAUAAAAUUAUCCCAAAAGUCUAAAAGUGAGGCGCCCAAAUCUAAAGAAAUAAACCAGGCCGUAAUGAAAGAAGCCGGUAUACUAAUAAAUAAAAAUAGAAAGAAUGUUAAGGAGAUAAAGAAUAUUGCAAGAAACAAAAUACAUAAAAAGAAAAAGGAAAUGAAACAAAGAAAAAAGAAUUCCUUGAAACCACAAAAUAAAUUGUGUGAAUACACAAAGGAAAAUUCAGAUAUUUCACAACUAAAUCCUAAACCCAACAAAGAAAUUACUUGUAAAUCAGUUACAACUUUUGGAAUGGUAAAUGAUAGUGUUAACGGUAUUGAAACAGAUUCUGAAUUUAUGGUAGUACAAACUGACAGUUCUAAAGAGGGUCUAAAAAUGUUUAAAUGGAUGAUUGCACCUUACAAUGUAAAGGAAUUUUUCAAUCAAAUAUGGGAAAAGAAGCCAUUACAUAUUGCUAGAGAUAAUCCUAUGUACUAUAAAGAAUUGUUAACUACAUAUAUGAUUGACAAUAUGCUAAGAACUGAAAAUAUACAGUUUACAAAAAACAUUGAUAUAACAUCAUAUAUAGAUGGAAAAAGGGAAACACACAAUCCAGAAGGUAGGGCUUUUCCAAACUUAGUUUGGGAUUCCUACCUUAAUGGAUGUAGUAUCAGACUUCUGAAUCCUCAAACAUACAUAUCUAGUCUAAACUUACUUAAUACUACCCUACAGGAAUACUUUAGAUCUUUUGUUGGUGCUAAUGCUUAUUUAACACCCCCUGACAGUCAAGGGUUUGCUCCACACUAUGAUGACAUAGAAGCAUUUAUUCUACAAACUGAAGGGAAAAAGCAAUGGCGUAUUUAUAAACCUAGAGAAGAAAAUGAAGUAUUACCGAGAACUUCAUCUACAAAUUUCACUGAUGAUGUCAUAGGUGAACCUAUAAUGGAGGUAACUUUAAAAGCUGGUGAUAUGAUUUAUUUUCCUAGGGGAUAUAUUCACCAAGGUGUAACUAUAGAUGGAGAGCAUUCACUUCAUGUCACAAUUAGUAUGUAUCAAAAGCAUUCAUGGGCAGAUUUGUUUGAAAAAAUGUUACCUGCAGCUUUGGAGAUGGCCAUAAGUGAAGAUAUAGAGCUACGACGCGGUUUACCAUUAGAUAUUUAUGACAAUUUUGGGUUAGUCUACUCAGAUUUAAACACUUCCCGAAAACAGGCAAUUGCAGACAAAAUUUUAAGUUUAUUUGACAAAAUAAAAACAAAUUUACCUAUUAAUGAAGCUGUUGAUCAAAUGGCUAAAAACUACCAAAGAGAUGCAUUGCCUCCAGUUUUAACAGAUUCAGAAAAGACUGUAACAGUGUAUGGAAACACUCAUAAAAUUAUUAAUGACGGAAAAGUAAAAGAAGGGGCUAAGAUUAGUUUAGAUACUAAAAUUAGACUUCUUAGACGAAAUAUAUUAAGAAUGGUAUCAGAAGAAUCUAUUAAACUUUACUAUUAUACUGAAAACUCUCUUGAAUAUCAUGGAAGUGAGCUGCCAUUUUUAGAAAUUGAUGAGGACAUGGCACCAGCGAUUGAAACACUUAUUUUGAGAUAUCCAGAGUAUGUUCCAGUGACAGAUUUAGAUGUGGAGAAUAACACAGACAAACUAAUUAUUGCUGAAACUUUGUGGAACAGAGGUUUAAUUAUGACUGAUUCUCCUCUGAAAUAA